AUGAAACUUGAGGAUGAUUCGGAGCAAACUGGCUGGUUCGAUUUACCAUACGAGAUGAGAAGAAUUGUGAUCGAUUUGAUGGAUAUUCAAACAAAAUUCAGAUUCUCAAGAUGUUCAAAAGAUUGUUAUGAAGAAGUUUAUUUGUCGAAAAAUGCAAUAAACGAGAUCGAAAUUCGACAGCAAAACAAUUAUGGGCUUUGUUUCAUUUUGAGAAAUAAGAAUGAUAAAUUCUUUUUUGUGAUUUGUAAAUAUGGAAGGGAAAAUCACUUUAUCUAUCUCGAAAUCAACAAAUAUUUGGAAACUGGAAAUAUUCUUGAGGAUGCGAGAAUUUGCUUCGAUGGUUUGAUGAAACUUGCGCGAAAUAGUUUGCAAAGUCUGGUCAUAGAAUCCGUGAGUUAUUUAUUUCUCAAAAAAAAAAAAAAAGAUUUUUUUCCCGAAAUUUCAGCCAUUUGUUCCAAUCAAUCGAACACACCUCGGACAAUUCAAAACAUUGGAUAAUCUUGUUCUUGAUCUUCCUCUCAAUAUUUCAUCGGGUUUCUUUUCUUUCGAACAAAUUUGUGAGGUCAAAGAAGUCCUCAGCAUUAAUGGACUAAACUUCGAACAAGUUUUUUCACUGAAAGCUGAAAUUAUUCUAAUGGGAGAUGUUGAAUUUACAAAUCAAGAAUUCGCCAAUUUCUUGAAUCGAAUUGUAGAAGGCGAUUUGAAUCGAGGAAUUCGCAAAAUUUCACUCAACACUGGAGCUGAUAAAUUGGAUUUUUUACGCUCAUUUUUGAUUGGAUUUCGCUCGGAACUUGUUUGGUGAGUUUAGUAUCACGGUAAACAAUUUUGAAGGAUUUGAAAUUUUUUUUAGUCUCAUUUACUGGGUGUUCGAGAAGAAAAUCGAUGAGAAUAAGUUUUUGAGUCUUGUUUGCAGAAUUGAAGGUGAUUCUUUGGAUAAGUUGAGUAUUGAUGUUGAAAUCGGAACUUCAUAUUUCUCUCUUUGA